AUGAAGAAUCACGAAUACAAAGCUCACCGGGAACAUAGUGUGUAUUACCCAUUCGUAGACAGAGAUGAAUGGGAGCUGGCAAAAUUUCUGAGUGACAAUCUUAAUCAAGGACAAAUUACUUGUUUCUUGAAGUUAUCAUGGGUGGGGUCAGAAGCAUGGAAACUGCCAGCAUACAAAUCAGCCCCGCAACUGCUCACUUUCAUGGAUGCCCUGCCGAAGGGACCGAAGUGGUGUUGCACAACGAUCCAGACUGAAGGUUACAUUAUGACUCAUCCUGUGCACCUCAUCUGGUACGAUGCCUUGGAGGUUACACAGCACAUUUUUGGCAACCCGGCAUUCACUAAUGAUAUGGAGUUCGACCCAUACAAGAUUUAUGACAAUGGAGAACAAGAAUUCGGUGAAUGGAUGUCUACUUUGCGUGCACAUGAUAUCCAGGACCAGCUUCCCCACAGCACCACUAUCAUUCCCAUAGUCCUUGCUUCUGACAAAACACCAGUGACUCGACAAACAGCUACCACACAUGCUUGGUCAUGUGUGGCAUAUAUGCCAAUUCCACAAUUUGUCUGUCACCCAGACUUUGCCUCGCUCUUGCAAGCCUGUGUCUGGCAUCAGUGUAUGGAUAUCGUAUUCCAGGGUGUCAAAUCUGCAGCUGCAACAGGUACUCAAAUGGUGGACCCAGUUGGCAACCUACAUUACUCAUUUACCCCCCUUGUUGCAUACACAGCGGACCUCCCUGAGCAACAGUUAAUUGCGUGCAUAAGCAAGAAUGCUUCACCUCUCUGCCAACAUGUGGAUCCUUGGAAAGUUCAGCACUUCCAAGAAGAAGCCAAGGUGCUUUUACUGAGCAGUGUCCAGCUUCCCUUCUGGCGUGAUUGGCGCUUUUCUGAUCCAGCGCUUUUUCUUGCACCUGAUGUUCUUCACACUCUCCAUAAAUUUUUUUUCGAUCAUGUUGUUAAGUGGUGCAAGGAGGCUGUUGGGGCCAAUGAACUUGACACCUGCUUUCGCAGCCAGCAUAAACACAUUGGAAUGUGCCAUUUCAGCCAAGGUAUCACACACAUUGUGCAGAUGACUGGUUGCGAACACCGGGAAAUCCAAUGCACAAUUGUUCCUACUAUUGCAGGUGUUGUUGACAUCAAUUUCAUUUGUGCAGCGCAGUCCCCCACAUUCACUCUGUCAUUGAUCUCUACUAUGAAUGCUUCACUCCAAGAGUUCCAUCGUUUCAAAGGCUCAAUCACCCUUGCUGAGGCUCGCAGGGGAGCCUUGGCAAUUCCUAACAUCGGCGCCAUACUACAAUACACAGCUGAUUGCACCAGUCACCAGUGUUUGACUUUCACGCAGCAGAUCGUCCAUAUUUUAGAUUGGGAAGACUCAACAUGUCAAUUUGACCUCUAUGCUUUCCUCUGCUCAACCAACUCGUCCCUCAAUAAUCUGAUUGUCAAUGAAUUCAAUGAAGUCAUCGACAUGGAUCCAGCAUUUGCUUGGAUCGCAUGUGUCACCCCUGAAUCUCUCUCUUGUUUCAAAGGCCCUCGACCAGUUCGCAACCACUUCCUCAAGGGCCUCCUAUCCGAUGAUAGUGUCGCAGCCUUUCACAUCACUGUGUCUAGUGAUCUCACAGAUAAGACAGCCAUCUUUUUGACACAACACUACAUGCUUCCAGACUUUUCUCAGCAGCUUCGCUCCCUUAUCAAGCGUGUUGAUGGAGUCAGCUCCCGCUUCCAGAACCGCCUACUCAAGGUCUGGUAUAAGUUCCGUCUUCAGCUACAUUCAUCGCUGCGCCCACUCCUUGUGAUGCCAAGUCAGCAAGUACAGGCGUAUCCACCAUCUGACACCCACCAUCUUGGAAAUUGUGAUAUUGUACUACUGCAAACGCAGGGCGGUGAUGAUAUCAUCGCUCAAGUCCGGAUGAUUUUUGGACUGUCAAUGAGGGGUGUGGGACUGCCUCCUGCACUUGCUCAGCCAUUUAUCUAUGUGCAGCCUUUUGAAAUUGUCGUGCAACCCUGGGAUGAUCCUGCAGUCUUCAUGUACCACGUCAAGCGCCAGUUUGUAACUGGCCCCAAUGGCACGCGAGCAAGGGCUGGUAUGAUAUUCCCUCUUGUCAAUGUUACUCAUGCAAUCGAAUUGAUUCCUGUGUAUGAUAGCAUCUCUACCAAUCGGAUGCUUCAGGGUGCAAGUCGUAACCCAUCAGACUUCUUUGACACGUUAAGCGACUUAAGCGAGAACUGGGGUGUUUUGCAGAUGUAUGACUUCUUGGUUCAGAUCUGCUUCAGUUGCGAAGAGAGUUAG